AUGCAAGUAGCGGACAAAGUCUUGCCUGUCAUAGCUGUUGCACUGGGUGCUAUAACCAUUACGACCGACAUGUAUGACGACAUCGAGUAUCCUUGUGGCUGCUGCACUGUGCCUGACUCCGCAUUCCUACCACUUGCCCAACAACCCGAGCAAUCCACUCCCGCAUCUCACAGAUUGGCAUUGGAGUCCGAACAGCUUGCUGCAUACAUGGCACACGUUCAAGGUCUGAAGAAGCUUGGUACGUUGACUGGCCUAUCGGAUAGCCUGUCAAAGAGGCUGACUUUUGCAACAUCUUGGACGGUCUCUGCAAUGGCGUUCAACGUUGCAGGGCUGGCUGUGUGGUACCUCGUGUGGCAUCGUGAAGCAUUGAGGGAGCGGAGCAUUUCCUUGUCUUCUCCGCUCAUUGGCUGA